GCCCGGAGUAACAACGUAGCUUAACAUUGUUGACAACUGUGGCUCGUCAGACAAUUUAUCAGUUUGCACAACGAUGAAGCUGUCAACAUUAGUUUGGAUGGCUUUGUAGUGGUCUCAAUGGGUUGUCGUCUGUGGUAGCUAACUAAUGAGCCGGCUUAGUUAGCUGGUAAAUGAUCAGAUUUGUUUGAUAGCGGUCAUCUGUAGAUUAACGUUAGCUGCUAGCAGAGUUUAGCUAAUAGCAGCAGCAGCAUGGGCGAUGGCAGCAUUACUCCCAGGCUCGGCAACAUGAAGGCGUUACUUGGUAUAGUCGCCGGAGCUGGAGCCUCCUACGGGAUAUACAAACUUAUCAGCGGGGGAGGCUUCAAGAGAAACAAGAAAAGUGCCACCAGUGAAGGUCCUGGUGUCAAGAGCAGUCAGCCUAGUCAGGUUACCCUGAAGCCGGGUAGCCUGCUGGCUAAAGUGUCCGGGCUGGAUGUUGUCUGUGCCCGACCUGUGGACACACACGGUGUGGAUGUUGCAUCAGGUGACAUCAUCCACCAGUCCCCUGGCAACCUGGAGCCACAGCACCUGAAAAUGCUGCUGUCAUGUCUGCAAACCAGCAAUAAUCCAUCAGACAAAUGUCGGAUUCUAGUUACUUUAGGAAAUGCUGCUGCCUUCACUGUGAAUCAGAAUCUCAUACGGGAAUUUGAAGGAAUACAUAUCAUAGCCGGCUUCCUUUCCGAUCCUGCAGCAGAUGUUAGAGUGCAGACUCUGACUGCUUUAAAUAAUCUGUGCAUGAACAUCCCAAACCAGGAGCAGCUGAAGGUUUAUGUGCCACAGGUGCUGGAGCUGAUUGAGAUGUCACCAGUGAAUUCUGACCUUCAGCUUGGUGCACUCAGGCUGCUGACAAACCUCUCAGUUACAGACAAACAUCAACACUUGCUGAAGGAAUCAAUUACACUGUUACUCUCUCUGCUUGUCGUGAGCAAUGAAACUUUACAGGUUCAGGCUUUGAAAGUCCUUGUGAAUUUGUCAUCCAACCCAGAUAUGAUGGAUGACAUUGUUCAAGCUCAGGCACCAGCUUCUGUUGUGCUGCUAUUUGAUGCACGGACAGUCCCUGCAGUGCUUCUGCGACUGCUGACGUUUGCAGGGAACUUAAAGGCCUGGAGGCCUUCUGCACAGGUGGCCGAUGAACUGAGGCGGAAGCAGGAUUGCCUCUUCCGGGUCAUGUUAGAUGAGUCCUCCCAACUCCACAGUAAACUGGUCCAGCUGCUUUCACACCCCGACAGGGAGAUUCAGGCUCAGGUGGCCCGCAUCUUGACGUAGUCCUCCCUCUCUGCACCCUGUAUUCAUGCACAGCUUUCGCUUCCAUAUAUUUUGCCAAAGCCAUCAACCUAACACCCCUCCAGUUAAAUUAUAAAUCUGUUGACGUUAAUCCGUUGGAAGAGCAAGCUGUGUAGCCUCCCGUGGACACACAGCUUACACUCCCACACACAUUUAAAUCAGUAUUAUUACACACAGCUAAAUGAUCUGUUGCACCUCACCAGUCACUCUGCCCUGUUUUCCAGUUUCUUAGUGUUAAUUAAUGAGUAAUGAGUGGAAGGACGGGAGCAGGAAGAAACUACUCAGUAGUGUAAAAACACCUCUCCCUGUUUCCUCCUGCCACCAAGAGUUUUCUUCUCAUUGCAAAAGACUUCUUUCCUCCAAAGUCCCACAGUGCCCUUUCUUCUGAGAACUUUAUUCACCUUCUCUGAAGAUGUAUUCCAGGUGCAAUUUUUGAACCCAAACCUACUGCCAAAAGUUUUCUAGAGAAUGUGUCAGGAUGGCCUGCGCAGCAUGACCCAGUUUACUUAUCCCUCUGUUGUGAAGUGUUUAGAGAGGCACUUAGCUGGAGAGCUGGAGAAGUGUCUCACUGCACACCCUAGCAUGCCUUGGAGACACCAAUGAAUGGAUGCAGCCCCAGUCUUCACUAAUGCACUGACAUGUUGGAUUCAAACAUCGUGGUAUUUUUCUUAAUGAAAGAAAACUCUUUAAUUUCACUUCAUUUGAAAAUCAGUGACUUUAUGACUUCUGAAGAGCAACAGUGAGGUUAACCUACAGGGCGGUCGGCCACGCAUUCUGUGAUUAUGUAGCAUGUUAAGGCAUUAAAGUGUAUCAGGAAGACCUUGGAGUUGAAACACUGCCUCCUCGACAUUAAGAAGAGACAGUUGAGGUGGUUUGGGGACCUGGUAAAGAUGCUGACAAGGUAAACUUUGACUCUGAAGGUACAACAACCAUAGCUGCCUGCGGGGAAAACCCCCCCCCCAGGGUACGAUUGUGUCUCUCAGCUGGACCAGAAACACCUGCAGAUCUGGACUGUUAUGAUUGUUUAAACCACUUGAAAUCACACGGAAAUGGAGCUUAAAAAUAAAUGCUUCUUUGAACUUGGACAAAGCAGCAUUGUAGUAAAAACAAUAAUGAUUUUUGCCAUGAUAGAUGAAGGAUUUUAUUCCUAAAAUGGUUGUUGAGUGGCAACAGUUACUGGAUGUUAAAUGCAAGCCUCACUAUGUUAAGUUAUGCACUUACUGUAAUUGGACAGACUGUAAGUGACAGAUCCAUAUGUUAGCUGGAGGGCUGGAGCUGUAGACCCAUCUGCUGACUUUUUAAACUGUAUUUACAGAAUUGGGGGGUUGGGGUGUAGGUGCAUACCUGCAAUUGGCAUGGAAAAAACUGAAAAUUAUGAUUUUUAAUGCAAGGAUUUUAUGGCAUGAGCCAGUCCAGGUGUAUACUGUAGAAAUGCUGCACAAUUUUGAUGUUUGGACACUGAUUUUGCUUAACUCAAAUCCUAAAUAUGUCUCAGGCAAUAUGGUUUACCAGAACAGAUACAGCAGGAGGCUGAUUUGCUCGUGACCUAGAUUAUCAUAUUUAUUAAAUGAAGUUAGUCAGCGUUUUGCAUAUAAAAUGAGAAAUGUUUGUUAUGUCUGUUUAAGUGGUUCAAUAAAUACCCUAUAUGACCUAU